UAUAUAUGUCAUUAGAAGUUUAAAAGAGAACCUUCUAAAAGCAAAGCUAAAAUAAAGAAUGGAGUGAAAUUUGCUCUCACAGUUCUCAAAACCUUUCCUCUUUUUCUACUUUUGCUUAACACCUAAGUCUUCUUUUUCUUCUUCUUCUUCUUUGCUCUGCUACUAAAUUUAACUACAUAUCUUCAACCAAAGCUUUCUUUGUCUCUCCAUGUGUUCAUCAAUGGCAGGCGAAGCAGACACAUAUGCCAAACCCCAAAAGCUAGCUUCAGACCCAAUGCAAGAAAACCAAAGUAAGUUCCACUCUAAUUUUCUCUACAAAGCCGCCAUAGUUACACUUUUCUUGAUCGUUCUACCACUUUUCCCAUCACAAGCUCCUGACUUCAUAAACCAGAAUUUAAUUACCAGAAGCUGGGAGCUUAUCCAUCUUCUCUUCGUUGGCAUAGCCAUCUCGUACGGUCUAUUCAGUCGCAAAAACGACGACGCAGAGAAGGAAAACGGCAACUCCAAAUUAGACAAUGCCCAGUCCUACGUCUCCCGACUUCUCCAGGUUUCGUCGGUCUUUGAUGACGAGCCAGAGAACCCAUCUGUGUCUGAUGAUAACAAGGUCCAGACAUGGAGUAGUCAGUACUACAGGAACGAACCACCGAUGGUUGUCGUAGCUAAAGAAAGCUCUGUUACCAACGAAAAUGGCGGAAACAGCAACGGGUCGAGAACAGGAGAAAGACCACUGCUUCUGCCUGUCCGGAGCUUGAGGUCUCGGAUUCCUGAGUCGGCCACGGAGGAUGGCGCAAUAGAAAACGCCGUCGUUUCGGGCUCUGGUGUUACUCGGCCGAACUCGAAGACCGCUUCGAAAAGGUUUUCGAGCAAUUCUAACAAGGAAUUCGGAGAGUUGGAUCAUGAUGAAUUAGAGGAAAAGUUGAAGGAAAGUGUUGUUCUUCCUUCGCCGAUUCCAUGGCGAUCGAGAUCGGGAAGGUUAGAGAUGAAAGAAGAGGUUAAUAGUAGCAGUCAUCAUGCUUCAAUGGGGGAACACGAAUUCAGUCGGGUCGAAUCUCGGGUUCCGAGGACUCAACCCUCUCGUUUGACCCGACCCAGUUCGUUUUCCUCUUCACCGUCGUUGUCUUCGCCGAACAAUUCAUCAGAGUCCCAACCGAAGAUUUCAGAGGACAGGGUCAAGAAGAAGACAUCAUACGACAAGUCGUAUCCUCCUCCACCACCACCCCCACCAUCGUUUUCUUACAAAUCAUCGUCGUUUAAACCAAGCUUUACUUUUUCAAACGACGGGACAAGAAGUCGUUUUGAUAGCUUAUCAAUGGGAAGAUCGGUUAGCACAGAUAGAGCUGAGGACAACGCAAGCCAGGAAUCCGAUCAAGAAGAGACAGAGAGCGAGGACGAGGAAAUUGGAGGUCGUUUUGGACCAAACGAUGUCGUUGAAAGCCCAAGACAGAGUCCUGAAAAGAAUGAAGAAACGACAUCGUCCAACGGUGUAGGAGAUGGAGGCCCUGAUGUGGAUAAGAAAGCUGACGAAUUCAUAGCCAAAUUUAGAGAGCAAAUUAGGCUUCAGAGAAUUGCAUCCAUUAAAAGAUCGAGUGCCCAGAUGAGUAAAAAGUUAUCAAGGUAAUUUAUCAAAAACAAAAUCAAAUUGAAGAUUACUUCCAACUAUUUUAAUAUUUAGUUUCUCUCUCUUGAUAGGCUUUAUUUAAAGAUAUAUGUAUAAUGUUUUAAAUGAAAUUUCAGGUUAUUAUGAUAGUUUUUGUUUUUAAAACAAGGAUCAUGGUAUACAAAGGAUUUUUAUUGUUUUGUUGUUAGCCACAAAAAUUACAAAAGUGGUAUUGUUCUUAGAAAAGAACUUGAUAUAUAACUUAUUGGUUUUUAUGAAAUUUCAGUAUGUAGGGUUGUCUUGUCUUUGUUUGAUUGUUUGAUAUGUAUAAUCGCUACAUCCACACAAAAAGUGCCUUUGUUUCUUUCAGAAGAAAGAGGGAGAAAAAAUAUUCAUGGCAAACUAUAGAAGUAAUUUCGAUUUUAUGGAAUAUUACUUCUUAGAAUGCCAAAA